UUUUUGAAGAAUUAAAGGCAUUGAGUGCCAACAAAAUGCUAAACAUCGUAAAACAUAAGCAAGCACUUGGCACUUAAUAAAUGCUUGUUGAAUGAUUGAGUGGGCUGUGACAUCCCAAUCGUCAUCCUUAAACAGUCUGCUUUAGUGGCCUUUUCUAGGUCUUCCUCUAUUUACUUGUAGGACAGAUUGAAAUUUUAGUAAAGAGACACAAAUUUCUUUGCCAAUUCACUUGAGUGGCCCAAGCCCCAAAUGCUGUUCUGCAAAAACAAAAAAUAUGCUUUCUAAAAGUCAAACACUAGGAGUUCUUGCUCUCUCACAAGCAAUGAUCAUUGUUUUUACAUCAAGGAAAUUAAGACUCCAAGAACAGUGAUAAUCUCUUUGAAGAAUCACUUUAACAGGAAAAUGAUAAGAACUUUGCUCCAUGACACCCUGAUGAAGCUACCAAGUCAAUAAUCACUGUCCAAUCUGAUGUAUUUGAAGCUGUCAAGGAUGGUGCUCAAGAAAUUCUUUAGCUGUGGAUGAUCCAAGAGAAAGAUCAUGAGAAUCUGAAGUGAAAUCACCUACCUUACAUCUCCCUGACUAACUUAUAAUUUCCCAUGACUCAAUGGACUCCUGAUUGUAACAGACUUUAUACCUUAAAAGCGGAUAUGAAGAGUGAAGUACCUUCUGAUGCACCAAAGACACAGGAGAGUCUAAAAGGGAUCCUCUUGCACCCUGAGCCCAUUGGGGCAGCCAAAAGUUUCCCUACAGAAGUUGAGAUGAUCGCUAGUAAAGUAGAGAAUGAAUUCUCUCACUUGUGUGAUGAUUCUCAAAAACAAGAGAAAGACAUGAAUAGUAACCAACAAGACCAAGAAAAAGGCAUUGUUGUACGGAAAAAACGCAAGAGUCAGCAGGCUGGCCCUUCGUAUGCCCAAAACUGUGUUAAAGAAAGCCAAGGAAUGUUAGGAUUGAGGCAACACCUAGAAACACAAAGCGAUGAGGAUAAUGAUUCCUCUUUUAGUGAUUGUGUUUCUUCCCCUUCAUCUAGUCUGCAUUUUGGAGAUUCUGACACAGUAACAUCUGAUGAAGACAAGGAAGUAUCUGUUAGGCACUCCCAGACAAUAUUGAAUGCUAAAAGUAGAACUCAUGGUUCCCGGUCACAAAAGUGGCCUCGGACUGAGACAGAAUCUGUUUCAGGAUUAUUGAUGAAAAGGCCCUGUUUUCAUACAAAUUCAUUAAGGAGACUUCCAUGUAGAAAGAGAUUUGUGAAAAAUUCUUCGCAGCGGACACAGAAACAAAAGGAGAGAAUUUUAAUGCAGAGGAAAAAACGGGAGGUUCGGAGAAAGUAUGCAUUACUUCCUAGCUCUAGCAGUUCUAGUGAGAAUGACCUCAGUAGUGAAUCCUCUUCUAGUUCUUCCACUGAAGGAGAGGAAGACUUAUUUGUGUCAACCAGUGAAAACCAUCAAAACAGUGCAACCAUUCCCUCAGGAAAUAUUGAUGAGGAUGUUGUGGUGAUUGAAGCAUCCUCCACUCCGCAGGUCACUGCCAAUGAAGAAAUUAAUGUUACCUCAACUGACAGUGAGGUGGAGAUUGUAACAGUUGGUGAAACCUACCGGUCUCGUUCAUCAGUUGGACACUCCAGAUCUCAUUGGGGCCAAGGCUCAAAUUCUCAUACUACUAGGUCACAGGAGCCACGAAACCGUAGUAGAAUUUCUACAGUUAUACAGCCCUUGAGGCAGAAUGCAGCAGAAGUGGUGGACCUUACUGUGGAUGAAGAUGAACCCACAGUAGUACCAACCACCUCUGCUAGAGUGGAAUCCCAGGUUGUAAGUUCUUCCAAUAACAAUUCAAAUGCGUCUACCUCAGAGCCGGCCUCUGAAGCUACUUCAGCUGUCUCCAGUACCCAGCCCUCUGCAGUAUCAGAAACUUCUACUCUUCCCAGCAGUAGCACUGCUGGUACUUCAACAGGAGAUGAUAUAAGGAGAACCACAUCUAGUGCUGUAAUGGAGACUGGCCCUCCUGCAAUGCCAAGGUUACCUUCCUGUUGCCCUCAGCACUCACCAUGUGGAGGAUCAUCACAAAAUCUCCAUGGAUUAGGGCAUCCGCAUACAAGUUGUUUUCAACAACAUGGACACCACUUUCAACAUCAUCACCACCACCACCAUACUCCUCACCCUGCUGUUCCAAUUUCUCCUUCGUUCAGUGAGCCUAGUUGUCCCGUGGAAAGACCUCCACAAGUGCAGGCACCAUGUGGAGCAAGUAGUAGUUCUGCUACCAGCUACCAUGACCAGCAGGCUUUACCAGUAGACCUGAGCAACAAUGGUAUCAGAAGCCAUGGAAAUGGUGGUUUUCAUGGAGCAUCCGCCUUUGAUCCUUGCUGCCCUGUUUCUUCUUCACGAGCUGCAAUUUUUGCCCACCAGGCCAAUGCUGGCCCAAGCCAACCAAUUUCAAUGGAUGGUUAUGGAUCAAGUGUGGUUGCACAGCCUCAACCCCAGGCUCCUCCACAAGCCUCCCUUUCAUCAUGUCGACAUUAUAUGCCACCCCCUUAUCCUUCUUUAACCAGACCACUUCAUCAUCAAGCUUCUGCAUGUCCCCACUCUCACGGGAACCCUCCUUCUCAAACUCAACCCCCAACUCAAGUGGAUUAUGUUAUUCCUCAUCCUGUACAUCCUUUCCAUACGCAGAUGACGUCACAUGCUGCAUCUCACCCUGUGCCUCCUCCACCCCCAACUCACCACUUAAGCAGUACAGCUGCUCCAAUUCCUCAGCAUCUCCCCCCUACACACCAGCCAAUUUCACACCAUAUCCCUGCUACAGCACCUUCAGCACAGAGAUUACAUCCUCAUGAUGUGAUCCAGAGGAUGGAGGUUCAAAGGAGAAGAAUGAUGCAACAUCCAACGAGGGCACAUGAGCGCCCUCCACCCCAUCCACAUCGGAUGCACCCAAACUAUGGUCACGGGCAUCAUAUCCAUGUGCCUCAGACAAUGUCUUCCCAUCCCCGACAAGCUCCAGAGAGGUCUGCUUGGGAAUUGGGAAUUGAAGCUGGAGUGACUGCAGGGACAUAUCCUCCAGGUGCACUGCAUCCUCACUUGGCUCAUUACCAUGCACCUCCUCGACUUCAUCAUUUACAACUAGGAGCUCUUCCAUUAAUGGUUCCAGACAUGGCAGGCUAUCCUCACAUCCGUUAUAUUUCAUCAGGAUUGGAUGGAACAUCUUUUAGAGGCCCUUUCAGGGGCAAUUUUGAGGAACUGAUUCAUUUGGAAGAGCGAUUAGGAAAUGUCAAUCGUGGAGCUUCCCAAGGAACAAUUGAAAGAUGUACAUAUCCACACAAAUAUAAAAAGGUAACAACUGAUUGGUUCUCACAGAGGAAACUGCACUGCAAACAAGAUGGGGAAGAGGGAACUGAGGAAGACACAGAGGAAAAAUGUACCAUUUGUUUGUCUAUUUUAGAGGAAGGUGAAGAUGUGAGGCGCCUUCCGUGUAUGCACCUUUUCCACCAAGUGUGUGUUGACCAGUGGUUAAUAACUAAUAAGAAGUGCCCCAUUUGCAGAGUGGACAUUGAAGCUCAGCUGCCAAGUGAAAGUUGACACCAUUUUCCCAGAACUCUUGCCUUCCCUCCCAUUCCUGUCCUUUCUGGUACUGCAGUCAACCAAAGAUGGCAUGACUUACCUGCGCAGAUUUGGAAGCAUUGAACUUAAAAGAGUGCUGGCUCUGCUACAUGGUACAACUAAUGCUAGACCUACAAGUUUGUGUAUACAGUUGAUUUAAUGUAUUUAUAAAAGAUUUUUUUUUUUUUUUUAGAUUUUACAUUUCCCUUUUUAUUUUACUGUAUUUUUGCAUGGUUCCUUGUAUUGAUUGCAUUUCUUUGCACAUAUUAUGGGCUUUGUGACCCUAAACUUGCAGGCAAGAUUAGCUGCUUUAGGUAGUAGAAUUGUGUGGUCUUUUUGUUUUUAAAUAGUACCAAGCUUUGAGAAUUAUGAUUUCAUCCAUUACUAACCUUGAAUUUGUUAAUUUAAUCAAUCAUGUAUUUUAGUUUAUUGUAUAGAGAUGAACUAGAAAAUGAUAAUAUUGUGUAUUAAGACAUUCCUUAAGUAGGACAAAGUGGCUGCUGUAUAUUUACAAUAUGAGUUCUGAGUUAAAAACCAUCCUUAAUACUGGGAACAGAAUACAAAUUAUAUUCAGUCAGAUGCAGGUGGCAUACUCAUCACCAGAGUGAUCGAUUUGAACCUUUUUGGUGUAUCCUUUUAAAUUUCCUUUCAGCACAAUGCAGAUAUAGAUGAAUAUCGAUGUUAUAUACUUACACUGCUGUUCUGAUUGUAUUUAUCUUUUUUCUUACAUUGUCUAGAAAUUUGAUCCCUGAUUUAAUUUUCCCUGCUGUAAAACAGCUCUAAUGAACACUAAAUAUUAAUUUCCAUUAGCUGGGUUGUAUAUACUUGCAGAUUUAAAGAAUUUUUAGGGAAACUGAAAAAAGACAUGUAGAAUUUUGUUCUUCAGUCUUCAGCUAAAGCACGUCUAGUUAAGAUAUCUGCUUACAUUGGUUUUGUAAACACAUUCAAUCAAGAUUUAGAAUUGCAAUUGUUGGCAGGUAUCCAUGCAUUCAUAGAACUUCUAAAGGUCCCAGGAUCAUUUUCAAGGGAUUUUUAUUAGUUUAAAGUUAAUAAAGUUAGCUAAAUCUACAUGUCUCUUGUUUUAUUUCUCACUAAACUUGAAAAACUAUAAAUCUGCAGAUACUGUGAGGCACAAAUUAUGCUGUUACCUAGUGUUGCUCUGGUUAUAGAAUUCCACUGUAUACAUUGCCAACAGUCAAUCACUGGUUUAAAAAUAUUAAUUUCUAUAGUUAAGAUUUGCUGAAUAAUAUAGUAUAUAGAGUUAAGUUAAUGUACUAACAUUUCUCCUUUGGAGGAAGUUUUAAUCCACUUCAGGAUGCAAAUUCCUUAUCAAAAUACUUUCAUAUUACAGAAUAGCAUAGUUUAUUUGUUUAAAUGUGCUCAGUAAUGCCCCAAGUUGCAAAUGCAUCCAGACAGUGUUACUGUCAUAAUGUGGAAGACAUGUUCCUAUGGAUCAUAUGUGAAGAUGUCAAUAAGCUUGCAUUAAGCCACCUGCUUUGUAAGUGGAUUGAUUAAUAAAUACCUUCAAUUUC